AUGCCGCUGAGGACAUUUAAUACAUCCCUUAAGGACGCCUCGUGGAACGAUUCAGAGCAAUGGGGUGUGGCCCCGAUGGACCUGGGCGUGUUCUACAAGCCCGACUUCACGAUCAUAGUUCUGUACGUGGCGGUGCUCACCACCUCGCUCUCCGCCAACACGCUGCUCAUCUUCAUCGUGGUCAAGUUCCAGUACAUGAGGAGG